AUGCGGUCCUCAGCGUUUGCACACCACCAGAAGCACUUAAGAGCGCGUCAUCUUUCUUUCACUUAUAAGUCUGGACUUGGUCGAUGGCAAAGCGGGUUCCUCAAGCAAAUAUUCUGUUCACCAUGCAUGGGCGGAGAAUACGCGCCCUCUCUAUGGACGAGACGAUUGUUCCAGUGUGCUACAUCUGUUCCGAGAGUAUACAAGAGCCCGGCAUCCCUUACACCGGGUGUACGCCUAGAUACGUCAAGAAAGGCUUACCAGGAUCAAAAACCCGCGGAUCAGCAAAGGAAUUGGCGUAACUGGGAAUGGUAUCGCUACUACCGUGCGAUUUUGUUGCACCCGGAAGAGGACAUCUGCCACCUCUCCGGCACAUCUUACAACUAUUCGACAUAUGAAGAAGACCAAGACUCAUCUUUUCUGAAAGUUCCCUGGGACGAGAAGGCAACUUCAGGUCUCCCUGGCAAGGUGAAGCCCCCAACUCUUGUGGCCAAAGCCUUCCUCCUCCAGGUUGGAGCAGAGGCUCCCAGAAAUGAACUUAGUGGAGUUGCAGUACACUAUCGCUGCUGGGAAUUACUCUGCACUCACCCGAUCUGGACAACCACUGGGAAGGAUAUAAAGGCCCUGCUAUUAGCGCUACAGCGAAAGAGUGAGGAGGAUUGGGGGUUUUUGUACGGUUGGGAUGACUCUGAUUCCGAGAACAUCCUUGGCAAUGAUCACUCUUCUAUUGAUUCGGAAGUCUUCAUGGAGGACCCGCCAAUGAUGUGGGAGCACUCGGACCCUUUCUUCAAUAAGCAUGUACAGGGCCUGAUUUACAAGGCCAAACGGGUCAGGACCGAGCAGCUGCCACAAAAGAUAAAGACCCGACUGGAUGACCUGCCACUGGAAGUCCUCUGGAUGAGUUUAGAUCUGCUUCCCACUCAGGACAUUACCGCGCUUGAGAAUGGUACCUGCUGGUACAUGAGUGAUGCGUAUUGGCGAUCGCGGACCGAUGCAAAGCUGUUUCAUGAGCUCAGGGGCCUCCCUGAUGAGGAACUGAAUUGGAGGUUUCUGUGCCUUGAGCUUGAGACAUUGACCAUCAAGCGCAAAUCUGAUUUCUAUGGCCGGAGAUGGGUUUUGAAGCGGUUGGAUGACUUGAUGGAGCUUCUCCCUUCGCCGAGGGGAUCGAAUGUGUCUUGA